AUGCUUGAAAGCAUUGUAAGAUCGGAAAACUUCGCUAUGACUUUCUUAAAAUCAAGAUUUCACCAUCCGCAACGCCCUAGCACCACUAACACUAUAACAUUACUCUUAGUCCAAAUGACAGCAUGGCAGCAAAAUAUGAUUUGUGUUUUAUCGAGCGCAUUGAUUGUUUCGAACCGUCCCGUCCCUAGCUCACGCCCCUUGAAAGGUGUAAAUCCGAUAGCCAUUUUAAGUACAAAGAUUCAUUUUAUCCAUCUCUUUUAGAGUAAUCGUAAGUUUGAGGUGAAAGCUAUGAAAAAAAAACUAUUCAUUUGA